CAAACGCACGUGCUGUACUUGCGCAACCCGUCUCCAUGGACCCCUCGGAUGAGGAGCUAUUUAACCCUGUGCGCCGAUGGCACACCUACAGCGCAGUGGGCUCCGGGCAGCAGAUGAAGACGGAAAGCGCGUUCAGCGGGAGGAAGCGGAGUCUGAUCGAAGAUGCGCGCAGGGAGCGCGGCAGCGGCGGCGGCGGCGGCGGCGGCUCCCCGGGGCCCUCCAGGCUCGGAGACGGGUUCGUGUUUGAGGAGAAGCCCGGCAGGGUGACGCUCAACGUGCUGUUCACGCUCAGCAACGAGAAGAACACGGCCUUCUUCAAAACGGGCAAGAUUUUUGAGACAUUUGAAGCCAAACUCCUCCACAUCGAGAGUCGGCCGGGCAGGAAGCUGAAGAACAGUGUGACAGACCUGGAGUUCUUCAUGAGGUGUGAGGUCCACAGCUCCGACCUGGAGGUUUUCAUCAACUCGCUGAAGAGAGUGGCUGAAGACGUCCGCUCAGUGCCUGAGGACAAAGCUCCCUGGUUCCCGCGGCAGAUCAAAGACCUGGACAGAUGCAACAUCUUAAUAACCAAAUUCCAUCCGGACAUGGAUCAGGACCAUCCAGGAUACAAUGACCCAGAAUACAGGCGAAGACGCGCCUUCAUCUCUGAGCUGGCCUUCAGAUACAAACAGGGCGACCCGUUGCCAGUGGUGGAGUACACAGAAGAGGAAGUGUCAACGUGGAGGGAGGUCUACCAGAAGCUCCGCGGGGUGUACCCCAGUCUGGCCUGCAGGCAGUUCCUGGACGGCCUGCAGCAGCUGGAGAAGGAGUGUGGCUACGGGGAGGAGCGCGUCCCUCAGCUCAGGGACGUCUCAGCGUUCCUGACAGAGAGAACAGGCUUCCAGCUGCGACCAGUGGCCGGCCUGCUGUCUGCCAGAGACUUCCUGGCCAGCCUGGCCUUCAGGGUGUUCCAGUGCACACAGUACAUCCGACACUCCUCGGCGCCCAUGCACUCCCCCGAGCCCGACUGCUGUCACGAACUCCUUGGCCACAUCCCCAUGCUGGCAGAUAAGGAGUUCGCCCAGUUUUCACAGGAGAUUGGUCUCGCUUCGCUUGGAGCCUCAGACGAGGAUAUAGAGAAACUGUCAACGUUGUACUGGUUCACUGUGGAGUUUGGCCUCUGCAAACAGAACGGAGCGGUGAAAGCGUAUGGCGCCGGGCUCCUCUCCUCUUAUGGGGAGCUCGUGUACGCGCUGUCUAACAAGCCGGAGUACAAAGCGUUCAACCCUGAGGAGACAGCAGUGCAGCCGUACCAGGACCAAACCUACCAGCCUAUUUACUUCUUGUCUGAGAGCUUUGAGGAUGCAAAGGUCAAGUUAAGGAAGUAUUCUAAAAGCAUCAAGCGCCCCUUUGCAGUUCGCUACGACCCCUUUACCUGCAGCAUGGAGGUACUGGACCAGCCCAGCAAGAUUCAAAACGCUCUGAGCCACAUAAGGGAGGACCUGAAUACCCUGCACAGUGCCCUGGAGAAGCUCAGCUCAUCCUAGGACCAGGAGCAGGCUCUGUAGAGACACACAGCUCUAAGAUAAACUAAUACUGUAUGAGCAUCAGUCUAGUCUGGUUUGUAAGGUGCACAGCCACUUACUGUAUGUGUGUAUUCUGUCCUGUGAAGAACGUGUAAAAAGAAAUAAAUGUUUAUUUAUGUAGA